AUGCAUGCUUGUAGAAUAGGAGAGGCCAAAAAUCCAGGACCGGACAUACCAGAUGAUUCUGAUUCAGACCUUGUGACUUUUGCUAUCACCAACCCCACAGCAGUUCAUCAGAAAGCUGCUGAUUUGGCCCUGCUGAAAGCGGACUGCCUGAUCCUUUCAGAAACCAGUGCCACGAGCUUAGUCCAGUCUGCAGCUUCAUCUGAAUUUCGUGCCCAUGGCUACAAGACCAUCUGGGGUGCACCUGUGCCCCAGCAACUUAAGCAAGGGGACCCAAAUAGCUUUAGAGGGGCUGCUAUUGGCGUUUCUUUCCAUAGUAAGUUGCCAAUCCGACCUGCCCGAAGUAGCCUGGGGUCCGAAUGGUAUGAUGCAGGACGUUUCCAACACGUCUUUCUCAGAUUGCCCACUCUUGAGAUCCAAAUAUGCAACUUGUACGGAAUACCGGCAUCAGUUGCAUCGGCCAAAGCCCGUACCAAUACCCUAUUGCAAUUUGCACACCAGACAGUCAGGCAAAGCACAUUUCCUGCCAUGAUAGUUGGUGAUCUCAACCAGCAUCCUGACACACUAGAUGAGAUGACUUCUCUCCGCAGUGAGGGUUAUCGAUCUAUGGAGGAGCUCUAUCGGUCAUUGUAUGGACAGGAACUCCCCCCGACCUUUGGGGAUGCGACCAGAAACGAUGUUUGUCUCAUACACCCCAUAUUAGCUGUUAUGGUACAUGAUAUCUGGAUCGACCAACAACACCUUGUCACUGGUCACAACCCAUUGUGCUUUAGAUUGAGGGUGCCUACCCGAGAAAUUACCAGACAAUCAUGGAAUCUUCCCACACCGUGGGUUCAUCUCCAGCCCAAAACAGCUUUGAUUGGGGAGUGCUAUGCCUCAGUUUUUGAUCCCACUGGAGCCACUCUUCUUGGAGAUACCCGAGCAGAUGAGCAUCCGAUCCAAAUAUGGACCAACGCUGUCGAAAAUGCAGUCCAUGAGGCGCUCCGAAAGGAACAUCAAGCUGACCCUCUGACCCAACCGUGGUCAAGUCUUCCGAGAAGGCAUAGAGGUCGUUGUAAACCCAGGUCUUUAGUUCGCACCCCACUCCCAAGGUCCAUAAAGACUGCCUGUGAUGGCCAAUAUACUCCAGAUGUUGACCAGCCCACCAUGCAUUUGCGACAAAUCACUAGACAAAUGAGACGCAUUCAAUCGCUGAAACAGCGCAUCCGAAAAAUUGAAAUUGUACCGCCUAGCUCAACCACUAUUGAGCAGCUUCACCAGGAAUGGACAUGCAUCCUCCAAUCUACAGGAUACCACCAUGGGUUUUGCCACUGGAUGCGACAAUUCCCAGAGCUACUCCCCAUACCUUAUUCCGUGCCAUCGUUUGAGUUCCUUUAUUUGCUUGAACAGCUCCAUCGAUUCCAUCUUGAUCAGGUCGCCUAUGACCAUAAGGUGCGACUUCAAAAGCUUCAACAGUACCAGCAAGAUUUAGAUAGCAAAAGAUUCGGGCGAUCAGAUGCUUUCAGAAGAAUCAGAGAGUCCUCACCAGGUUUGGUGGGUGUCCUGUCCAAAGAACAUAGAGUUCCUGCCACCAUGGUGUCACCACCAACAUAUGGGUUAGCCACGUUCUCAUUAGGCCAUCACAUGGAGUUUGACUUCACCCAGCCAGUUUUUAUUAAUCAGCAUGCAUGCACAAUAGUCCAGACUGAUGGUUUUCAACUGGAAGUCAUGAUUCAUGAUGAGGUUGGCACCUUUCCAGAUACUGUGGAAGUGAUGCAGCCACGAGACACUGCUGAACCCAAAGAAGUGGCGGACCAACUUUCCAUUUACUGGCGACAGUUUUGGAAUCGAGACAGUUCUGGAUCCCAGCAUAAUCUUGAUCAUUGGGAAGCCUUUGAAGCUCUUCGCCGUCAGAUUCCCCCCAAACAGAUUCUGACAGUUGAUGUCACUAGUGUAGAGUUGCUUCAGACAGCCAUUGCACAGAUGUCAUCCACCACCUCUAGAGGUUGUUGUGGUUGGUCUUCAGAUGAACUCAAAGAUUUGCCUGUCAAUUGUGUGCGUGACCUUUUGCAUCUAUUCAACCUCAUUCAAGAGGAGGGAUUUCCUGACUGGAUGAUGCAAGCUCGAGUUCUGCCUGUCGCUAAGCACCACAAAGCUAACAUGGCAAAGGCCACCCGGCCUAUCACAGUACUUUCCUUACUGUACCGGUUGUACAGUAAAUGGACCUCUAGACAAAUUUUGCAAGCAUGGACCCGCACACUCCCUGAAUCAAUUACUGGAUUUCUGCCGGGACGAAGCUCCCACAAGCUGAUAUAUGAGAUGCAGCUUGCACUUGAAGCGACCAACCAUGGACAUUCUCACCUGCAUUGGGGGGGUUUAACACUUGAUAUCAUAAAAGCCUUUAACACCUUGCCACAUUUACCACUUUGCCAACUACUCAUCCAUUUUGGAGUUCCACCUGCCCUGGUAAGAGCAUGGAUCUCAUCCAUUCAAAAAAUGAUCCGAUACUGGCAGAUUGACUCCCAGCUGUUUGUAGUGCCAGCUGCCACCACAGGAGUGCCCGAAGGUGAUGCUUGGAGUGUUGUAGCCAUGUUGGCUGUAAAUAUCUUCAUGGUAACCUUAAUGGCCCCACAUGCUCAACGUUUGAAUGCAUUUGCAGAUAAUUGGAGUUACUCUACCACUGAUCCAACGCAACAUCUACCCGCCAUGGCCACCCUCACGCAGAUUGCUGAAGCAUUGUCCAUUGGAAUUGAUUGGGGGAAAACUUGGGCUUGGGGCACCUCUCAGCCGCAUCAAGAGGCUUUGCAGGCUGCUAAGGACUCUGUUUUAGCUCCAGAAGUACAAUUGCAGUUGGUCACACAUGCCAGGGACUUGGGCUACAUAAUGCAUUAUCGUCUCGCGCCCUUUCGAGGCACACAGAAGGAAAGACAUAAGCAGGCCUUGGCCAGACUGCACAGAUUGCGUAAGGCUGAUAUUUCUGUUCAAGAUAAAGCAUAUGUAGCGAUGGCAUCUGCCGUGACUAAGGCCCUGUAUGGGACCCACAUGUAUCUGGUUGGCGAGGAGUAUUUCUCCCACCUUAGAUCCAAAAUUGCCACGGCCAUGCUGGGCUCUCACCAUAAUAUCCAAAGCCAUAUAGCAUGCAGCUGCCUUUCCCCAACCUUGGUAGAUCCUGAGCUUUGGGUUAUCCAGAAUGCCAUUAAAGAAGCCAGACUCUUCCUGCUACAAGCUGACCCUGCCUUGGUAAGCCUUUUUCUCCGCAUGGCAGCCCACCAUCAAGUUAGGUAUAAUUUGAUAGUAGGACCUGCAAUGGCGCUGAGCGCCUACUUGGCUAAACUUGGCUGGACCAUUGACCAGCAGGGAUGUAUCCAUUGCCCCAAUUUCAACCACCUUCAUUUGAUCCACUGCAACCAAGAAGAGUUGAUGCUGGCCACUGAACGUGCGUGGAUGGAACAUGUUUCCCUUUGUGUUAGCAAUCGCCAUCACCUCCGUAACUUGCCACGUAUUGACAAUCGUGCAACCGUAAAAAUUUUCCAAGCUGUCCCACCGGAAAAGCAGAGAAGCGUAGGUCUUGACCUUUGUAUGGGAUACAUGGUGAAUGAACAAAAAGCACAUUUUGAUGAAUUUCAGGACACUCACUGCCAAUUCUGUGACCAAGCGGAUACGGUGAUGCAUAGGGUUUUGCACUGCCAAGCCACGCAAGUGGUAAGAGCGAAAUAUCCUGCAGUGUGUGAUUUCUUGCAAGACCAUGACAUGAUUCAUACGUUACUCCCGGCAGCUUAUGCAGAUCCAGAGGUGGACUUUCACUCUUUUGUUUUUGAAAAGUAUCCUGAACCUCUAUGCCAGCCAUUGCCAUAUACCCCCAGGUUUCUUUUUACAGAUGGAUCCUGUAAGAUGCCAGCCAGCCCAAACCAUAGAUGGGCGUCCUACGCAGUAGUUGCUACUCCAUAUGACCUCUCGCAAGUGCCUUGUGAACGAUUAAAUGAUGCUUCAUGGUUGCUGCAGAACACUUUCGACACAGUCGCAGUGUCACAUGUUACUGGCCUCCAAACAAUUCCUCGUGCAGAGCUUAUGGCUGCAACUCUUGCUCAGGAAAUGCAGUUGCAGGUGCCUGUAGUAACAGACUCACAAUACGUCAUGUACGUGCAUCAUUUGAUUGAACAGACUCCAUACGUUUGGAAAUUAGCCAAGAAAAAGAAUUUUGACCUUCUGCGCAGAUUGCAUGCUCUGCAUUGGGAUCAACGUAUGGAUAUUCCAAUUCUCAAGGUGAAAGCUCACCAAAAAAUUAGUCGAGAAGACCCAAAUGCUUUCAUGAAGCUUGGUAACAUGGUUGCUGAUUGUGCUGCUACGCAGACCCAGGAACAUUUGGCACGCCAUUUUACGACCAAUCUAGCCCGGCUUGCCCACGAAAGUAAGCAGAUGAAAGAUAUGCUUUGCCAACAUCUGACCAUGCGAGCAGAAUUGGCAGAGUUACGCAAACGUUUGGAAACAGAAACCGUCCAGACAGAGACAGUUGAGCCUAAGGCGAACUUCUUUAAGCAAUAUGUUGUGAAUAACCCAGUUAAGUACACUUUUACACUUGACCAGUUUGAACAUGUCCAUGCUUCUCGGUUUGGCUCUCGCUACAGUGCACUGGUACUGGAAUGGCUGCAGACCUUGGAAUGGCCAACUCAUCCUGACCGACAAAAGCCUCCGGUGGGGGUGACGUGGCUGGAACUAGCAUGUAACUUCAUGAUCACGACACAGCAUAGCUUGAAGAUAAAUGUUUCUCCUCAUGGACAGCCUACGAAAUACUCAUGCAUGGAAGAGGACAUUACAUUGGACCAUACUGUACAUUGUUUUUCCUUGGCGACGAACGCACUACGAGAUUGUAUAGCUCAUCUGGGCUUUCUUUUGCAGACAGACCUUCUUCCAACUCUGAAGCCGCAGAAAGUCACUUCACUUAGGAAAAUGGGUGGCAACGCCACCAAGCAGGGCAUUGCUUUCAGACCGGUAAUGAAACGUCAAAGUGAGACAGUUGAUUUACUUGUGGCGUAUUUUGAACAGCAACAGGGUAGCCGAAAUUUCACCAAGUGGCCGAAUAUCCCGUACAGUGAACCGUGUGUUCAGACAACCGUACAGGGUCCAAAUGAGGAUAAUCAGGAGGACCGGAACCGCCGGUAUAAUGCCAGGCGAAGAGACAUACGCCUGUCCAGACAAGCAACUUUGCGUUCGUUGGGCCACCAUAUUUCUGCCUGUCCUCUUGCUACGGUGGCCACUCACAUUGACUCCAAGCAUCUCUGCCCCCAGAACAACGCCAUGUUGGGGCGUGUUUGUUACGCAAGGAGAUGGCAGGAUGCGGUGCGUUAUGCAGACACAUGGACCAUGCGAGGUCGUGAGUUCAAGGGCGAAAGCAUCUCAUCAGAAUGGAUUGAAGAUGAUCCGGAAAUGGAGUACAACCUGGUACGUGGGGGCGAAGAUGUUGUCUACUACAGGUUUGUUCUUGCGGAUGGUACAAAUGAUCUCCUGACAGGGGACUACCUUUUUGAUGGCUACGGCUACGCAUUGCGCAUUUACAUUAAACCUAUCGAUCCCACGCUGUAUCCUUGGGGUUCGGAUGAUUUUCACCGGCCCACCCUUCUGAAGAGAGUCACGGCGGAGAAUCAGGCGGCUCGCUUUGUGGGAUACCGCAUGGUGCCAAAGGUGCAAGAGGAUUUGCCGAUUCGCUUCCUUCCUUGCCCCGCAAAAGUUCCUCCCUUGACCGAUGAAGACCUAGUGCUGGUGAAGAAGAACGAAGGUGCCGAAAUCCUGGCGAAUUUGCCCCUUCCGGAGAAGAGCACCACUGAAACGCGCUGGGGCAAUGAGUUGAUUUUGGACCGUCCAGUUCCAUUGCUGGUGACAGAGGCACAGGUGCAAGGAGGCGAGCUGGAAGUCUAUCCUCGCAGAGUGGACAGGGUCCAGCAAGAGGUCCACGAGGUGGACGCCUGGAGCAAGGAGAACUCCGUCUUCGCCUCCUGGGCCGAUCCCACCGAGGCGCUCUUCGACAAGAUGUUGGCCAUGGACUUGAAGUUUUGCCGACAUGGAAAGUUCGCCCCGGACACAGACACCUUGCAGCUGAAGAGGGGCGAGGGUCUUGCAGAAGCGCUCGCCGGCGGCUUGCUGCGGCCGCAGGGCGUGGUGGCCACCAACUUCCUGCCACACGUGGAUUUGGCAGCACCUCUGGCAGCCUACGGCAAUGCCUUGGCAAAUCGGCCAGGGAUCAGUUUUUCCAUUCAGGUCAACAAGGCCAUCAAGUUGGAGAAUGAUCUGGAGCAAUUGUUCGAGACAGCCCGCGGCUCAGGACCCCCAAAGGAUGGGAAUCCUUGA